UUUUUUUUUUUUUUUUUAAUUGGCAAGCAGACAGGUUUUGCUUUUUAAAUACCAGUUUUUCUGUGACGUAAAUGUUUGUCUCUCUUUUGACCUAAAACCCCUUCCCUCUAAAUCACUACUUAAAAAUUACGAACCCACAAGAACAUUCCAGCUCGCUUCAUCAGCGUACCAGUUCCCUUCAGUUAAAGCAGCAAUUACGUCAACCUUGGUAUAGCAAGAUGAGAGCCGUUAACAAGAAACACUUGUCUAUCGGAUUCGCUUCCAUCUUUGCCAUUUUACUCUUAUCUUGGUUCUUCAUACCCACUCACAUCUAUCCCACCUUCUACAACAAUGGUAACAUAUACUUCCUUAAUUUAAAUAGAAAGAAAGAAAGAAAAAACUCAUCCAUUGUGUGCACAUCAUAGCCCAAGAAUCACCUUCAGACCAUUGUUCAAUACCUCACCCAGGAAAACCACUUGUUCAAUACGCCGUCAUGAUCGAUGCUGGCUCAUCUGGCUCGCGUGUUCACGUUUACAAGUUCAACCACUGUAAAGAAGAACCCGAGCUCGAAAACGAAGUAUUUCAAAUGACCGAGCCUGGGCUUUCCCAGUACCGAGAUAAUCCAGAGGGGGCAGCCGAUUCGUUAGAAGAAUUAUUACAAUUAGCAGUGGAAAGUGUUCCAAUUGAAUCACAAUCUUGCACACCCAUUGCCGUCAAAGCAACAGCAGGUUUGCGCUUACUGACCACCGCCCAAAGUGAGGGUAUCUUAGACGCUGUGCGUCGACGCUUAGAGGACAAGUAUCCUUUUCCUGUGGCGGGCAUUGAAAUUAUGGAAGGCAAAGAGGAAGGCGUGUAUGCUUGGAUCACCGUGAAUUAUUUACUGGGUAAUUUAAAGAAAGGAAAGACAUCAGCUGCUACUUUUGAUUUAGGUGGUGCAUCUACCCAGAUUGUGUUUGAACCAGAAUUUGAAUUAUCAGAGCAGAUGUUACCGGGAGAUCAUCAGUAUGAAUUGGAUUAUGCCAAUACCAAAUAUAAUUUGUAUCAACACUCGUAUUUGGGCUUUGGUUUAAAUGAGGCGAGAAGACGUAUUAAAGAACAAGUGAUCAAGAACUGGGUGGAUGGUGCUCCGAACCGAGUCUACCAUCCUUGUUUACCCAAGGGACAUAAAGAGUUGAUACAAUGGACCACCGAAACCGUCACCAAAAAUGUCGAGUUAGUGGGCACGGGUGCUGGACACGCAGCCUGCCGUGGUGUAAUUGAAAAAGUGUUUGGUAAAGAAAAGGAUUGUGCUUUAGAUCCUUGUGCCUUUGAUGGUGUCUAUCAACCACCCAUCACAGAUACCUUUGGUGAGGGUGAUUUAUACGUGUUUUCGUAUUUCUACGAUUUGACUCAGCCGUUGGGUAUGCCUACCGAAUUCACUGUCAGAGAGUUUGGUGAGUUAGCAAACCGUGUUUGUAAUCAAGACACUGAUUUCUUCCGACACGUGCCAAAUGCUUUGGCUGCCUUGAAGCAUACCCCGAAUUACUGUCUUGAUUUGACAUAUAUGCAUGCACUUUUACGUAUUGGUUAUGAUGUGGCUCCCGAACGCCUGGUGCGUACAGCCAAAAAGAUUCGUGAUGCAGAGACGGGUUGGUGUCUUGGUGCCUCUAUUGCCAUGAUCGACAAUCAUAAAUUAUGUAGACGCAAUUGAAAUUAGCUUUUAUAAAAAUAUAUAUAUAUUAUA